AUGAUGCACCGUAAACAGGAGUCACCAGCAGUUGUCCCCCCACACACACGAGACACCAGCAGGAGUCUCCCCACACAGGAGACACCAGCAGGAGUCUCCCCACACAGGAGACACCAGCAGGAGUCUCCCCCACAGGAGUCACCAACAGGAGUCCCCCACAGGAGUCACCAGCAGGAGUCCCCCCCCCCACACACACACGAGACACCAGCAGGAGUCUCCCCACACAGGAGUCACCAGCAGGAGUCCCCACAGGAGUCACCAGCAGAGUCCCCACAGGAGUCACCAGCAGGAGUCUCCCCACAGGAGUCACAGCAGGAGUCUCCCCCACAGGAGUCACCAGCAGGAGUCUCCCCACAGGAGUCACCAGCAGGAGUCUCCCCCACAGGAGUCACCAGCAGGAGUCCCCCACACACACACUCGAGACACCAGCAGGAGUCUCCCCACACAGGAGACACCAGCAGGAGUCCCCACAGGAGUCACCAGUAG